AUGGGGAUAUUGUUUGUUAUUGAUGGCCAAGAACAACGGUUGGUCGGUAGUUGUAAGGACGAAGAUCAGAGAAAACAAGUACAGAAGCUUUCGGAGCCCAUAUCCAAGAAAUUUGGUUCUUCAAUUGCACUGGAUGCUGAGAAGAGGGAAGAGAUUGAGAGAGUGUUCAGACGAUUCGACGUGAAUGAUGACAGUAAGAUAUCCUCCAAGGAGCUUGGCGACGUCCUACGAGCCCUCGGCACCGAGGUGCCAGCGGAUGAAGUUAAACGCAUGAUGGAGGAGAUGGACACCGAUGGAAAUGGAUUCAUCGACCUGAAAGAAUCCAACUUCCUGAGCACUUUUAGGCUGUAG